CAGAGCGCCGAGCCCGCGCCUAGGGCCUGCGGCUGCGGCGAUGAAGAUCUGGAGCUCGGAGCACGUGUUCGGCCAUCCCUGGGACACGGUGAUCAAGGCUGCCAUGCGGAAGUACCCAAACCCGAUGAACCCGUGCGUGGUGGGCGUGGACGUGCUGGAGCGCAGCGUGGAUGGCUGUGGGCGCCUGCACAGUCUGCGCCUGCUCAGUACUGAAUGGGGGCUGCCCAGCCUCGUGCGAGCGAUUUUGGGAGCCAACAGGACCUUGACAUACAUCAAAGAGCGCUCCGUCGUGGAUCCGGCUGCAAGGACAAUGGAGCUGUGUUCCACCAAUAUUACGCUCACAAAUCUGGUGUCUGUGAAUGAGAGGUUGGUGUACACGCCUCAUCCAGAGAACCCUGAAAAGACUGUGCUCACCCAAGAAGCCAUCAUCACCGUGAAGGGGAUCAGCCUCGGGAGCUACCUGGAAAGUCUAAUGGCCAGCACAAUAUCCUCCAAUGCAAAGAAGGGCUGGGCUGCCAUCGAGUGGAUAAUUGAACAUUCCGAGAGCGCCAUCAGCUAACAGUCAGAUAUAACACCAAAAAGAGUCAAGGAGAAAGGAAAGAAGGAAGUAUGGCUGGACAAGGAAGAGGAAAGGCAAGUGUGGAUGGAAGUGGUUCCGGUCAAGACUGCAAGAGCUGGGACCUGCUGGAAUCUUCCCUGUCCGUGCUAUCCCAGUCCAGCAUCGGCCCCAGCACCAGCAGCGCGAGGCUGUGGUUCCUGGGAGUGGUCGGGAGCCCUACUCUGCCAGCCUCUGCUGUAGGUACCGUGCGUGCCGCCACAUCACUGGGCUGGGACAGGACUGGGCUGCACUGCCCCUGCGCUGGUUUUAAGCUUUUGCCUGCUUCCCCUGGCAGGAGCGCCACCUCCUGCUGACUCCAGUCACUUCAUCAAAGGAGAGCUCCCCUCUCCUCAUGCCCUGCCAGCUAAGCCAGGGUGGGUUCUCCAGAACCUUCCCCAGGGAUCUGGCUGCUG